AUGAAGUUCUUCGAAAAUAAAUUCACAUAUGAAUACUCCUUCCCCGCCGUAUCUCUAGCCUACUUCUUACGCUACCCGAAUCCUUACUCUCGCCAUGUUCUUACAACCGAUGUCAUUGAUCGCUAUAUCGACCCGAAGACCCAGCGUCUCCAUACCAUUCGGCUCCAUCUUAAAAAGUCAAAGAUCCCAUCAGGAAUUUUGAAGCUGCUACCAAAAGGAAUGGGUGGCUCUGACAAUUCCGGCCAGAGCUAUAUUCUUGAAACUACUGUGGUUGAUCCUAAAGAGGGCUGGAUGGAGACCGAUUCACGUAACAUGGAAUGGACCGGUAUUCUUAGUGUUGUUGAAAAGCAGCGCUACCAGGGCCACACAUCGGAAUCUGACAUGCGCGCCGUUGAUAGCGUCUCAAUGGAUAAGAGAGCUGAGCAGACCACCGUACGCACAACUGUGACCUUCCGAUCCCGACUCGGUCAGGGUAAACUUCUUGGCCGUAAAAAGACCGAUACAACUCCUGGUCAAAAUGAGGUCGAAGAAGAGGCUCCGAAGAAGGGAUUUUUCUCUGCUCUUUCCACUGCUGGUAUUCAGCGCUCAAUUGAGCUGAUUGGAGUCAGCAGAACUCGGGAUGCCGUCAUGAAGAGCAAGGAAGGAAUGAACGUGGUCCUGGAGCGACUGCGCAAGGGUGGAAUCGUCGGUGUUUUGGAGAACAUGCGACGAGAUCGUGAGGCAUUUGGACCGGUUGUCCCUGGAAGUACACGUGGUUGA